AUGGCGACGCCAUCAAUUCGCAUUCCGUUCACCGGCCCGUUGCCUCCGCCGAUUAUCGUUCCUCCGUCCGCGCGCACCGUCUCCGGGGCCAUUGAUGCUCUCUUUUCCUUCUUCGCCGCACCGCCGUCGCCAUAUCUCCGCGGGGUUGAUGUGGGAAGACAUUCGCAGGCGGUGCUGUUGACUGGUGCGGGAAUAUCGGUGGCUUCUGGCCUUUCCGACUAUCGGGGCGAAAACGGCACCUACAUUACAAAUCGAACCUAUCGACCAAUCUACUUCCAUGAGUUCGUGACGCGGCAUGAAUCUCGCAAGAGGUACUGGGCCCGGAGCUUCGUCGGGUGGCCAGGCCUUGUAAAAGCAAAGCCGAACUCAACACACUGGGCUAUUCGAGACCUAAGCGCCAAAGGUUAUGUCAGUUCCGUCGUCACGCAGAACGUCGAUUCCUUUCAUUCGGCGGCUCAUCCAGACCUCGCCACGGUGGAACUCCAUGGCUACUUGAGGUCGGUGAUUUGCACGAGCUGCCGGAACCAGUUCCCCCGUGCCCAGUUUCAAGAGUCGCUGCAGAAGCUCAACCCUGCUUGGGCGGAGCUUCUGGCACGGAUGGUCGACACCGGGGCACUCGACACGGACAACCCGGAAGAAAGACGACGCAGAGGCCUGAAGCUCAAUCCGGACGGUGACGUGGACUUAGCCGAAGCCCCCUAUUCCACUUUCAGGUAUCCAUCCUGCCCAACCUGUCUAGAGAAACCGCCGAUACUUGCAGAUGGAACCGCGGGCAGAGUGGAUGUCGAAAGCGACGGCGCUUGGCUACCCUCGUCCACCGCCGGGAUCCUCAAGCCGGCGGUGAUCAUGUUCGGAGAAAACAUCAAUCCGGCGGUGAAGGCGGCUGCAGAAGAAGCAAUCGACGAUGCUGGUCGGCUGCUUGUUCUCGGCAGUAGCCUCGCCACCUUUUCGGCGUGGCGGCUGGUGGAAAGGGCGUAUCGGAGAGGCAUGCCCAUCGGGAUCAUCAACCUCGGGGGAGUGCGGAAUGAGUCCGUGCUCUUUGGGACAGGAGAGCAAGACCAUCCGGUCGGAUCCACCUACAUCCGCUGUAGCCUCAGUUCGGAAUCGGUGUUGCCCUCCGUCGCGUCUCAGCUGCCAUCCCUUGGGCGCUUCUACAAGACGCCGUGGCCGAAGAACGACCGGGCAUUGGUGGGCCUUAAGCGCGGGGGUGGAACCUUACCGUACAGCCGGUAUGAUUCGUAUGGUCACCACGCAGGAAAUGCCGCGGGGCUCGCACUCAGCACCGAUCAGCGCCGACUUGACAUGGACAGUCGCAGCAGCUUAAGAACCCCGAGGGAUCCUCACUUGCAGCAAACCACCUCCGCCUAUCGCGACAUUGUCUCAUCCCUCGUUUCCCCCAAAUCCUUCCUGUUCUCUCAUCCUCGUCCCAAACCCUCGCCUGCCUCGCCCGGCGCUUCGUCGACCAUGGACAAGGCUCAGCAACCCAGCUCGUUCCAGCAGCUGGAAAAGGUGUUUAAAGGUCGAAAUCGCCAAACCGGAGAAUUAGUGGCCCUGAAAGAAAUCCAUCUCGAUUCCGAAGAAGGGACGCCGUCGACCGCUAUCCGGGAGAUCUCGUUGAUGAAAGAGCUCAAACACGAGAGUAUCGUUUCGCUCUACGAUGUGAUCCACACGGAAAACAAGCUCAUGCUGGUCUUCGAAUAUAUGGACAAGGAUCUGAAGAAGUACAUGGACACCCGCAACGACCGGGGCAGCAUGGACCAGGCAACCAUCAAAUCGUUCAUGCACCAGCUGCUGAAGGGAAUCGCCUUCUGUCAUGAGAACCGAGUGCUUCAUCGUGACCUCAAGCCGCAGAACCUCUUGAUCAAUAAGAAGGGGCAGCUUAAACUAGGAGACUUCGGUCUUGCUCGCGCGUUUGGCAUUCCGGUGAACACAUUCUCCAAUGAGGUGGUGACUCUAUGGUAUCGGGCCCCGGAUGUCCUCUUGGGCAGCAGGACAUACAACACAAGCAUUGACAUCUGGUCUGCCGGGUGUAUCAUGGCAGAACUGUACACCAGCCGUCCGUUAUUCCCGGGAACCACGAACGAGGAUCAGUUGCAGAAGAUCUUCCGGCUGAUGGGCACGCCCUCGGAGCGCUCGUGGCCGGGCAUCUCUCAGCUUCCGGAGUAUAAGCCGAAUUUCCACGUCUAUGCUACGCAGGACCUGGGCAUUAUUCUGCCGCAGAUCGAUCCCUUGGGGCUUGAUCUGCUGAACCGGAUGCUGCAACUGCGGCCCGAGAUGCGAAUCAGCGCGCACGAUGCCCUACAGCACCCGUGGUUCCACGACCUACCUCAGCUACAGGCUCAGUUGCAGCAGCAACAGCAGCAACAGCAACAGCAACAGAUGGCCGGAGCGUACGGGGGAAUGGUCCCGCCACAACAAGCAUAUUAG